AUGCACAUUUCAGAAGACGUGGCGCGAUUGGUGUUGGAACACACCAACGUAGAUGACAGUGUAGCGCUUAGUCAGACCUGUCGGAGCUUCCGGGCGGUAUUUUUCGAGCUCGACCGGUUGAUGACAGACAAGGUGGUCCAAUGUUGUCCGUGGAUGACGCUAGAGGAUGAGGGCGGAGACAGAGGCUACGACUCUGAGGGCCGAUCGUGGAGACAACGUGCCUUGGUGUGUGCUGCUAGAAACCGGGCCGCCAACAAUGACAAGAAUUGGGUCCGGGUAACGUCUGAGCAGGCCCUCAACAAGAGCAACUACUCGAUUGAGGAGCCGGUCGAGGGCAAGACUGUUGCGAAUCCGACCCGAGAGGAGUUGAAGGGAUACAGGGGGACGUUUGGAGAUGUGCGAUUGCCAUUUAAGCACCGCAGAGCCAUUGCUAAGGACGGGGUUGUCUAUCUGAGGGAGAGGACAUAUCCUGAGAAUUGUCUUGACUUUUGUCCCGUCAGUUUGGACCUGAGAGAGUUGACUGUGAUCAAUCAAGGUGUAGGUGGUUCUGCAGACGGAUCAGGUCGCUCCGCAGAUGCAGUUUCUCCACUCAGAGAAGCUCGUCCGGUUUGCCAGCUUCUGGACUUUGGCAGCGAGAGCAGAGACAGUUUCAUCUCUCCCGUGUCCGGCAUCGAAGUUGUUAGUGCCACUCCCACAGAUACCGGCAACAGAUACCCCGAGGGGCUGGUGUUCUACGAAAAUAUCAUGUUCAUUGACGAGAACGAAACGGUCAUGAUUGUGGCAAAACGAUGUAUAGCGUCCACGAGACAUGAGGCGUUUUACGUGUACAAACCGGACGCCAACAUCAUCGACAACAAGCUGCAAUUCAACUUUAACCACUGGAAACAGACCGCCAUGGACCCUCUGAUGCCUCCCCAGCUCAUUCCCAACUCGAGCUAUGUUGCUGUGGUGAGAAAGAUUGGAGAUUCGAACUGGGCCUGUAUCGAGCAUGCCAGCAAGAAGGACAAGGAUCUCAUACAGCUUAUGAAGAUGGACACUCGACUUUUCAGCGUCCAGGUGUUCAACGGGUUGCUCCACGUCUACAAGGGCAACCGGUUGUAUCCCAUUUGGGUGAAUCUUGACGAGAAGCGAAAACUGCUGUUCAACUACCUAUUGCCGGAAGAGAAGGGCCAAUACACUCUCUGUGAGGUGAAACCUGUUCUGAAACGCGGUUGGAAGGCCCCUGGAGGCUGGAAGGUGUCCAGAGCUGUGCCCUGGUUUGCCAAAGGAGGUAAUGGAAGGUACAUUACUGUGGGAGAUUUCAGAAAGGGAGGAGGUUAUGUUGUGGCAGACUUCCAGACGGGCGAGUCGUACACAACCCAAGUGCCCUACAGAAACGAUGGAAAACCCGAUUUCGUCUUUCCUUCUCAUUCAGUUAAUGACAACUCCAUCAGCUUCUUUUCUUGGUCUCAAGUUGUCGGUCGCAAAAUUGUGUCGGAACUCGAUGAACUCAACGACUCUGUUGAAGAUGGAGAUGCCAUUGACUGCAAAGAAGAGUCGGUCAAACUUGCAAAGAUCUACGAUGAGCUCAUCUCGCCACCUGCCCCGGACUCAGAAAGUGGCUGGGAACAGUGA